UGAGAAAUGAAACAGAAACUCACAAUUACGACGGCGUUCAUAGCUCAUCGUUCUUCUCCCCGAGUGACAAGAUGGCAAGUGAGAUGGAAAAAAUCUACAAAAUUUUAGAAAGAAACAAACUACAAGGGUUCUAUAACCAGUUUGUUCAACUUGGGAUUGAGAGCGUUCAGGAUUUUAUUGAUGGUGUAACUGAUGAAGACUUGGACAACAUGAGAUUUACCAAGGUUCAGAAGAAUAAAUAUAAAAACAUGAAAGAUGAGAUUCAGAGACUUGGUGCAGGUCCUGUCCAAAAUACAUUGACAAAAUCACUGCAGGCAUAUGGCCUGUAUUAUUCAUUUCCAAAAUGUCCAGAGCGCAGAGAAAUACUUGAUAUGGACCCACAAAACACGGUAGAAGAUCUUAUUCUGAAAAUCAGCAUCAUGGAGAACCUUAGUAACCAAAUGACUGUGUGUCUGUUCACUGCUGAAGGAAUGCCUUUAACAGAUGAUCCAUUUUUCAAUACAUGGUCCCUGAAAGACAGGCAUAUUGAAAAUGGAAGUGAACUCUAUGCCAUAUUUACACCAAAAGAAAAUUUAAGAGAGUCUCCCAGCAACCCCCAGCAAAACGACAUAAGAAAUGAAGGCCCAGACACUGUUUUCUGUCACGUGAUGCUAAAAGUAUCAAGCCAAAAAUGUUUUUGUUAAAAAGAAACCAUUAACCAUUUCCCAAACCAUCCAUGCACUUAAGAAAUGAAUUGGUUAAAUGUCAUCUCUGUGUAUACAAGCUUCUUUUGUAAUUUAUUUAAUUGUGGUGUUAAAAUUGUAAACUUAAAAUUUAAACUUGUAACUUUACAAUUCUAUGUCUUUAAUAUGGGCCACAACAUAUAAUACAUUAAAAAUUUCAUAUAAUAAAUACAGACA